GUUAUUGUGCAUGAAAAUUAUUUUUUCCAACUUUUCACUCAAAAUACCCCUAUGUGCACUGGUUCGUGAACAUGCCACAGGUUCACAGGAUAUUAGCCAACUUCUUAAUUAUUUUGGCUAUUAGCCAAAAUUGUUUCACGUUUGCUGCCUUCCCAAAUGAAUUUUUUGACAAUCGGCUUCCAUAGGGACCUUGUUUAGGGUGUGUACCAUCACGAGAAACUGUUUUCCCGAUUUUGGUAAAAAUGGCAUCAUCUGUGUACGAUGGCACGUCGUUUUUCAACGGAAAUCUUUCCAAUCUAUCGAAAUGGGCAUAAAACUUUACUAUGAGUUGUGUUCGGCUUGACGUUCAAAUAUGAACAUUGAGAUGGAACAGACAGAUUACCGUAAACUGGGGUGACUUUGAUCACCGGGGUGACUUUGAUCACUGUAACUCUUUUUUGAAAAUGUGGUAAAAAAGCGCUCGUAGUGCUUCGAAUUUGUCGUAAUAUUCACUGAUUGUGUGGAUAUAUGUCUGCAUUGCAUACUGUUCAUACAUUUUCUGCUAUUUAAAGAGCGUUUUUCAUGCUAAAAUAUUAAUUGAAAAUAAAGUGUAUUUUUGAAGAUUUUCAUUGCAUACAAACAACCGGUUCAAGCAGAUUCAAAACAGCAAGUUGCAAUAUGUAAAGUUUUUUUUUAUUUUGUUCCCAGAUUAGUUCUAAAGAUGUACAGAUAUUAUAACAAUACAUUUUAUUGUUAUUUUUGCAAGCUUUUCCUCGAAGGCAAUGUUGAGUCCCAACAUUCUCCACAGCGUAUUACAUAUUUCUUCUUAACAAAAACCCAAGACGUGAAGUAACAUGCAAAUUUGGACAAUUUUAUAAAUCAUAUUCCCCGUGGACUAGUUUUUGAUGAUUUUAGACCACCUUCCCUCUCAGUGGAUAAUCAUUCAUAUAUAUUCUAAAUGUUUUGUAUGAGUCUUGGACAUUCGCCAACAUAAACUGUUCACGUUAAAUGAGAUUGGGCCCCAAAUUGCUUUCCAUAUUUAUAAACUCUUUUAAGUCGUUUUAGGCUGUUCAAUUUAGUGAAAGUAUCAAAGUGUUACUGCAAAUGCAUCAAAACAAUGUCAAACAAGUCACCCCGGAAUGAUGAUUGGUGUAAAAAUUUUAUUGCAUAUUUGAAAACUGCAAAAUUGUUGCUAAACUUUUGAAGUAGUGACUGAAUCUUUCUCAUUGCAUGCCAGUACUAAUUUUGAAAAUAUCAAACAAUAUUGUUUACAGUAUAUUCUGAAAAUAUUUAAGAUACCAUCAAAAAAGUGAUCAAAGUCACCCCAGUUUACGGUACUCGAAUAAAAAUGUAUGCUGGAAUGACAACGUUAGAAAAUCAUCCCUGUGGCGAUCUACAAACAUAAAUCGUGGACGUGGAAGGAGGCCGGGGUCUUUGAGAGUAGAAUCCUGCGAUUAAUACUCGGCGACUAGUUAGAAAAUGAGGUGUGGCGUAGGCACAUGAAUCACGAUCUGUACGAAGUAUCCAGUGAUAUUGUCCAUCUGAUGAUACUUGGAGGGCAGAUGAGAGACCGGUGAAGGUAAUAUUCAGCAGAAACUCGGAUAGAGGCCGACGUUUUCGAGGCAGACCCCGCACGCGUUAGAUGUGUACUUUCGACGAGGAUUCACGAGCAGUACGCGUAAGGGGCGAAGUUAAAAAGUAGAGGGAUUGACAAUUGUGGACAGAAAUCCAAGGUUCUCGUCACGAACAAGACCAUGAACUCGAACUUGUUUUGAGAAAAGUGCCUGCCGGAAAGUCUCUUUCCGUUUGUAUCACGAAGGUGAUUCUUCGAUCAGAAUUGACAAACUGCCACUACAGUCACAGUUGAUAGGUUCUGCACUGGUACCGUGGCAAUGUGAUCGUUUACAUUAACAAAAAAAAAAAUCCUCCAAAUUACCUUUAAUUCCAAUAAAAAGUGUUGGAUAAUUGUCAAGCGGGAACUGAAGUUGUUUGCCAAAGUGGUUCGGGACGCCAUAAAAUUGAAGAGGUUGUGAUAUAAAAUGACUGACUUUGUUGACCAAAAAAAAAAAAAGUCCAAACUUUGAUGUGGAGUAUCUGAAGUAAAAAUAUGAUAAUUUGUCUAAACUCUAGCGGAUUAUUUUCUCAUUUUCAGUCCUUCAUUGAGUCAGUUUAUUAUUCAGUUAUCAGUUAUGUUCUCGUUUUUUUUUUUAGUUUUUUUUUUAGUGUCUCCUGUUAUUGUGAUUUUCUGUUUUUCUCAUUGGACUUGGUUGGUAGUCUCAAAAUAAAAUUGCUUCCUCAGCACGUAUACUACGUAUAUUACGGCUUGAUGGCACACUUUCCCAUUGCAAUGUACCUGUGGAUAUGAUAUCACUGUUACGCCGAUCAGAUAACCACCGAUAAAGGUGCUUAUCGCUUCCGAAAUCAAAACAGAGCUUCACAGCCAUCCGGCCGCUAUCGUUCAUGAAGCCAGUUUUUCUUAAACAGUGGCAAAGUGCAAAUCCAAGCUCAGCUGACCGCGAAACGAUGGCCGAUCAGUUGAAACUACAACGUAAACAGUACCCGGGGGCGGAACGGAAUCGACGUGCGAAAAUGAAAUUUCUUUCGGAGAUGAAAAGUUACUACGAGAACAAGCGGAAGGUCUCCAUCGAAUCGCUACAAUCUGAAGGAGGAAAUCCGCAACAAGUUGACACGGUACCGAAGGUUGAUUUAUCGGUUCCGGGGACUCCCGUUUGCUCGCGUUACUUGGAGAGGCUGUCUCGGCUACAGUCAGAGUCGGAGAAUGUCGAAAAGGAACCGGUGAAACUUCCGAAUGAGAUCGUCAUCAGUAGUAUGAUAAUUGAUAAAUUCAUCAAGGAUAUGAAAUCGCUGAAUGCGGAUGAGGUUGAACAACAUGCCGAACUGGUCCAGAUAAACGAUAGCGAGUCGGAGAACGGACGUAGCGAACAACAGGCGGAACUAGUUUACAUUGAUGAAACCGAUACGGACAGCGGAAUUAAGGAAGAUGACAACGAUCUAACUUCCAAGUACUUUAAAGAAUCUGAAGAGAAACAAGCUUACAAACGAACUUUUAGCGAAGUGGUACAAACGUUGCAUCACGGUGCUGUAAGAAGCCCAGUAGUGAAACGUUACUUCGAAGAAUCGAGCUCUAAACACAGCUACAGCCGAGGUUUCGACGAAGCUUUCAAGGAACUCAACCCGGACAAGUUACAGCCCGAUCCUCUACUGAUCGAUUCCGAUGCUAUAACCAAAGGUUAUAAAACAUCAGUCCCAGGAACUCCCAUAAGUUCGACUAAUUUAAGAAAGUUGAAAAAACAUAAUUACAUAAGUGAGUCAUCCGACGAAGAGGAAGACACUGUUGAGACGAAACCAUCUAUCCUAACCAAUCCUUUAGAUGAAUUCAUCAAAGAAAUGGAGCAACUAAAGUUGAUGAAGGACAGCGCUGUUGUUGAGAAAAAACCUCGCGAUAAUUUUUCCGUUGAUGCCUACCUGUCCUCAUCGGAGGCCCAAAAAACGUACGCCCGAACGUUUUCGCAAGCAGUGCAAACUUUAGCAUCGAGUGAGGUGAAAAGUCCCACAGUCAAAAACUAUUUCGACCAAUCGGAACAGAAAAAAACAUUCCGAAGAGAUUUUUCCGAAGUUUAUCAGGAAAUCAAUAAACUAGCAAGUGAAAAUAAAACGGUUGAUAGUCCAGUAGUAAAUUCAACUACAAACGAAACGAUUCAAUUCAAACAAAAAAAAAUCGAUGACGUUGAAGUGAAACGAAACGAUUCGCUAGAGGAGUUGUUGGGAACGUUUCAACCACCGAAAUUGGAGAGCAAACCAGUGGAAAAUGAUUUCUGUGUUACUUCAUAUAUGAACUCCUCAGAUGCACGAAAAACAUACGCGCGAACACUUUCCGAAGCAGCGCAAGCGCUCCAAUCCAGUGACGUUAAAAGUCCCACUGUGCGCAAUUACUUCGAUCAAUCUACGGCAAAGAAAUCCUUCUCUAGAGGAUUCUCCGAAGCAUACCAGCAGGCAGCAGACGGGAGCACUAUUCCGACACCUGAUAAUACUGAUGACGAACCAAAGGAAAAUUUAAUUUCAGGCUCCAGUGGAGAAGACAAAAGCACAAACGAGCCGCUCAAGCAAACGGCACGUAGCCUUUCCGUUCCAGGAACGCCAGUCAAUUCACGCAAACUAGUGCCUACUAGGAAGAAAGUGUCCCGGCCGCCGGCCGAACCGAAGAAUCCAGAGAAUAAUAAUCCUCCAGCCCAGGCUCCGGCGCGGGCUCGGACGAUGUCCGCUACGGAACACAACCGGGACGAGGAGGCGGAGGAGUUCUGGAAGAAGUUUGGCGCAACGGCGGUGUGAGGCUGUUUGUUUCAUAUUGCUUUUGUGUAAAGAUAGAUACCAAUUUUUUUCGAUCAAAUAAAGGUAGCACUGAAGUAACUUUUUAUUUUAUUUUUGAACGAAAAUCUGAACACAAAACAGUUUAAGCAGUGAUUGUUGCAAUUUUGACGAUUUCUAUCUGUUCCAUUUUU